UUCACGGAGGCCGUCUCCUAACAACGCGUCUGCGCGCGGACCUAAGCCUGCUUUCACGUAUGCGCAGUCGCCCAGCCUGGAGCCCUAUGACCCCUGCGACCCCUGCGACCCCCGCGCAAGCUACUGACGUCCUGCCGGCGUGCGUGACGUAGAAAGGUGGAGUCCGCCUGCCGGGCCGCAAACGCGGAAGUGCCCGGGACCUCCCAUGCCUGUUCUUUACCGGUCCCAUGUCCUCGCGGACUCUGACCCUGAGCACAGGUCACCUGGGACCCCAAGAAGCCCAGCCAUGAAGUUCCCCUGCCUGUCCUUCCGCCAGCCCUAUGCAGGCUUCGUCCUGAAUGGGGUCAAAACUCUGGAGACUCGCUGGCGCCCCCUGCUGAGCGGCUACCGGAACCGCACCCUGGCAGUGCACAUAGCCCACAGGGACUGGGGGGAUAUGGCUUGGAGGCGGCUGCUGCUGGGGGCGAGGGGAAUGCGCCCAGCUCAACUCCGGGUCCUGCUGCGCCAAGGGGAACAGUUUGGCCGUGGAGUGAUAGCAGGGCUGGUGGACAUCGGAGAGACUACACGAUACCCUGACAGCCUGGCCCCGGAGGAGGCGGCAGCGAUGGAGAAGCGAGCCGUGCUGCCUGGCCUGCAGCACAAGUUCCUGACUGAGCUCACCAACCCCCGCUGGCUGCUAGCGCCCCUUCCUCUGCAGCAUGGAGCCCAGGGCAUCUUCCAGGUGGACAUCCCCUUGAACCUCAUUCCAGGGCUCCCCUCACAGGCAGCAGGUCCACCAGCUGCCCCUUCACCCCCAUCUGCUGCUCCUGACCAAGUCCCUGGAAUUCCCUGGGAGCUGCAUGCCAGUGCUGAGCACGGCCCCCCAGCCCCCAAGUGAUAGGGCUCAGGGGACCCACCCUGGGCUCAGAGUCACAGCUGCCAGGACCAUGGCCUUGAGGAGAGGAAGAGCUUACACUCCUUGCCCUGAGCCUUGGUACUAAGCUGGGGGGGGAGCAGAGUGGGAUCCUGGAAAUCCCCAGACUACUGGUUCACUCCCCUUGGAGUUCCUCAUGGGCCUCCUUGGAAGGAUUACAUGACAGACUCUGCGACCAAUAUUAUAAUUGUGAGGAAAGAACAAAGCAGAAGGUUCUGAAAAGCUUGGGAAAGGUCUCCCCCAGGGAGGCCCCAAAAAUAAGAAGAGGAAGAGCACCCCCUCCUACUUCCCUCCCUCCCUCCCUCCUGAGUAUGUCCAUCUCUUUCUUAAACCCUGUCCUGGGCUGUCUCCCAUUUGGUCCUCUGAGACCUCAUGUGAAGUUCCUUAUUAAAUGCCUUCCUACUUUGCAAA